AUGGAGUGUGCCCCAAGCCAAUGUACUCUGAACGUCUGCCGGGCGAUCAUGUGUUUUGACAAUCUGAGUUGUUUCUUCAAGCUAAAUCUGGCGGUGCAGGAGUUCUUUUACUUCUUCGAAGUGAAACGCUAUGAGAAUCUUAGACAAGAACCUCAUGUACGAUAUGCCGACGUGUUGGAGUUCAACGGAUUAUGGGAAGGCGAGGAGGAGUCUUCUCCCGAACUCCUUGAAAAAAGGAAGGUUGAUGCCAGGUCCUCCAAAGAUGAAGCUACAAAUGUACGGGCAAAGGAUGUGUCUCAACUGAGGAAAAAGCCGAGACUUCCUUCUGCUAUGAUCAAGUCUUCUUUGAAAGAGGUCUCAUUUGCUAAGAAGACUCAAGUGCGGGCUUCUCCUUCGUCUUUCAGGGUCAAGCAUCUUGUCGACGCAGAUAGCAAAAAUAUUGGAGGCAUGUGGAAUGUUCGAGACAUUCUGCUCAAGUCUCCCACUGACCAGCUCAAAGAUUGCAAUCUACCCUACAAAGAACUCUGUUCCCGAACUGGGUCGCCUGUCAAGAAACAAAGAUCUACUGACAUUCCUUCUCGAAGUUAA